AAUCUGACGUUUUGUCGUCAAAAAGUAAGGUUAUAUUUGUGUUUAUCUUAUUCAAAACUUUCGUUCAGUUUCGAUUAAGAUUAUAUUGUUUGAAUCAGGACAAUUAUCCGCAAUUAUGUCGUACGAUCCGUAUAUUUGUAACCUAGAUCCAGAAACAAAAACAUCGCUCAAAGUGUAUCUUUUUAACAAUGUUGAGAAUGUGGAUCAAAUACGAAGCAAUAUUAUGAACGGUACUUGGAAAUGCGCUGCGAUAAAGCCUAGUUUGAUAUUAGAUUUAUUUCAAAUUGCUGUAGCGGCAAACAAAGCAGUGUUAGCGGAAAAAUCACAAGCAAUGAUCACUCGGACCGUGUACGCUGAAAUAUUAUUUAACUUGUCUCUGUCUAAGAACAUAUCUCAAAGUUUGAGUAAAUUUGGUGUUGAGACAGACCGGAGCUUGCUGGUUUGUUUCUUGAUAACAGCAGAUAGUGAUGAAAGUGAAACUAUUCUUGAACAAAUAAAGGGCGAAUUAUUACAAAUUAGCGAUUUAAAACAAUUUACAAACAUACAAGAAGUAAAGAGUAUAUAUAAAUUAACUAAUGUGAAGUCCGAUGUUAGCCUCCUUAAUUUGAUAAUUACUAAAAUUGUCACAAAAAGUUUUAUAGCACAUUAGAUGGCUGAAUGGUAUACUGCCAAUCUACAUAAUACAUUUGGCCAUGUGGGAGUACUAGUCUUAACUUGAAAUCAUUAAUUUAAGGCCAAUUUUAAAUAAUAAUUAAGAACUGCUUACCUUAAUGAAGGCUACUUGUGUAUUUGUAUAUGUAGGUAACAUUUCUGUGUAUUCAUGUAAUAGUGCUAUUUUUUUAAUCUGUAUAUAUUAAAUUUGUGAAUUUUAUCUU